AUGCGGUGCAGGUGGUCCCCCCUACUUACCUACGCCCUGGUCGGGCUGUUGGCUUGGCUUUGUCUUCCAUGCCAAGGCUGCCAGGGAGAAGACCCCCCCCGGGAGGUGGUGCUGGACUGGCUGAAGGCGCGGAUCCUGGAUGGUCUGGGGCUUGACGGGCCCCCCCCGCACACGCUGCCCUCCCUCCCCAGGGAGAGGGUGGACAGGGCGGCCCGACACGGGGCCCGGCGAAUGAGCAGGGAGACGAGAACGGAGAGGAGGCAUCAGGACGGGUCUCAGGUCAUCCUGUUCCCCAACUCAGACUCUACCUGCGAAGACACAUCAGACCCCUCCUCAGACACGUCCCCCACUCACUUCACCUACUAUUUCCAGUCUUCUCCAAGCAGCCAGGAGUCUGUCAUCACUUCAGCACACUUCUGGUUUUACGCGGGUGAGGCCAUCGCGGGGAGAAGCACCGCCGCGCCCCUCUUCAUCCUCACGUCAGUCCAGGAGCUUCUCCAGGCGUCCGAGAGGCCGUGGAAGAGCAGUCCGGACGGCUGGACCACCUACAGGCUUGAAGAGCGCACCCACGCGGCACUGUCAGACGGGCCCUUCGCCCUGCAGGUCCGGUGUCCAGCCUGCGGUUGCUACAGCGCAGAGGCGGACAAGACCCCCUUCCUGCACCUCCACGCCAAGCCCCGCGGCCCCGAGCGCGCUCGCCGCACCCCCAGAAUCCCCUGGUCACCUCAUGCCAUCGAGAAGCUCCGCAGGCCGUCCACGGAAGGCGCCGGCAGCGACUGCCACAGGGAGCAGAUUGAGAUCUCCUUUGAUGAGCUGGGCUGGGACAACUGGAUCGUGCACCCCAAAGCGUUCACCUUCCCAUACUGCCACGGGACAUGCGCCAGCCCCGAGCGUUUCACCACCGCGCUGGGCCUCAAGCAGUGCUGCGCCCCUGUACCCGAGAGCAUGAGGUCACUCCGAUUCACCACCACCUCGGACGGGGGUUUCUCCUUCAAAUACGAGACCCUGCCCAACAUCAUUCCUGAGGAGUGCAACUGCACCUGA